AUGACAAUCGACCCCUUUUGCCUCUUCCGCACACUCGGGCUCUGUAAAGAGCCCCCCGUAGAACUCACGCAGCCGGAAUGGUGGACUACUUUGCCUGGGGGGGGGGCCCCCGGGGCCCCUGGCUUGAUGAAUUCAAUAAGGCUGCCGCAGCAGCAGCAGCAGCCAUCUUUGCUGCUGCUGCAGCAGCAGCAGCAGCAGCAGCAGCAAGCCCUGGGACAGCCCUUCGACGCAGUCGACGUGCGCGAGAGCGCCACUGAGGUGUACUGCAUGCAAGCAGCAGCAGCAACUUUCUACUUGCCUCCCAAGCAGCAGCAGCAGCAGCAGCAGCAGCAGCAGCAGCAGCUGGCUGGUCUCGCUGCAGCACACAGCAGAGCCUACGCUCCAGCUGCAGCAGCAGCAAACUACCCCAGCAGCAGCCGCAGCAGCAGCGAAGGCCAGACGCAUGUGCCUGGCUUCUUCGGGGACCUGCCUAUAGGCAAGUCGGGCCCCAAAACAGAAGCAGCAGCAGCAGCAGCAGCAGCAGCAGCAGCAGCAGCAGAUAAGUGGGGGGCAGCCAGCAGCACAGAACCCAGCAGCAGAGAGACCAGCGGCAAGAUAGGAAGGGCGUAA